AGUCUCUCCCGUUUGAAAACUAACAGCUGUUCAUGGCUCAAGUCUGAAAUAGGUCUGUGUGUCAACGCAGCUGCGUCCGGGUAUUUCCGGGUGGCGAGAGGCUGCUCUGGUACAGCUAGCAUCACUUUGGUCCAGCCUCCUUCCUCCAUCCAGCCUCCUUCCUCCAUCCAGCCGCGACAGCAGCCACCUGAGGCCGGAAACACAAACCGGACCAACAGUUAUUGACCGGGACAGAUCAAUAAUUGAUGUGUUCUAGCUGAAAGCCAAAGCGGGGAGCAGCGAGCAGGAGUCAUGGCGGCGUCGCUUCUCUCCGAGACCGACAUCAUGCACCGGUCCAUGGCGGAGGAGGAUCCGAAUGGAAAUGAGCACGGAGCGGCUUCACGCAGCGCUGCACCUCGCUGGGGACCGCAGCACGCCGGGGCCCGACAGCUAGCGCGGCUCUACUCUCCCGGUAAGCGCCUCCAGGAGUGGGUGUGUGUCAUUCUGUGCCUCUUUCUCUUCAUCAUCAACUUCUCCUUCCUCCUCCUGCACUUCUCCACCGUUCACAUCUACAAGAUCGUCCUCGGAAUCGUCCUGGGGAUCGUGACGGCAGACUUUGCAUCGGGGAUGGUCCACUGGGGGGCGGAUACCUGGGGAUCUGUGGACAUCCCUGUUAUUGGCAAGGCAUUCAUCCGUCCUUUCAGGGAGCACCACAUCGAUCCGACCGCCAUCACUCGCCACGACUUCAUUGAAACCAACGGCGACAACUGCAUGAUCCCCAUCCUACCACUGUCUUACAUGGCCUACAAGUUCCUCACAUGCACACCAGAGGCCUUGGCGGCGUCCUAUCCCUGGGACUGCUACGUCUUUGCCCUGGCCGUUUUUGUGACAUUGACCAAUCAGAUUCACAAGUGGAGCCACUCCUACUUCGGCCUGCCGUGCUGGGUCAUGCUGCUUCAGGACUGGCAUCUGGUGUUGCCACGGAAACAUCAUCGCAUCCACCAUGUCUCGCCACAUGAGACAUACUACUGCAUCACUACAGGCUGGUGUAACUAUCCGUUGGACCAGCUGGGCUUUUGGAGACGGAUGGAGCAAUUGAUCCAACGACUAACAGGGCAGAGACCGCGUUCAGAUGACCUGGCGUGGGCCAAGAAGACCGACAGAUAAACACACAAAUGGAUGGAGGGGGAAAGGGGCUUUCAGCUGCAAAUGUAGAAUAGAGAUGAGGAGAAACACACACACACACACACACACACACACACACACACACACACACACACACACACACACACACUGUACCUAUGUCUCUAUGCUUCUUGCUUUUUUGCAAAAAGAAAAAAAAAUCAAAGACAGUCCAAUUGAUUUAUUUGCUUGCUUUAGUCUGUACUUUAACAAGCUUUGAACGUACGAGGCAAAACCAUUAACACUCUGCUGUGACAGCCAAUCAGCUUUUAGUCCUGUUGACCAAUGAUGUGUGGAGGCGUUGUGGUGUGUAGGUGUAGGAGGUUUCUGGAGGUUGGGCUCUCCAGGAGUGACAUCACGCUGCUUGUUUCAGGCAGCUUCUUACACCACACACACACACACACACACACACACACACACACACACACACACACACACACACACACACACACACACACACACGAGAAAACCAUGUUAACAAGAGGUAAAAAUAAAUACUCUGUCUUCUAUAUAAUAUUUAUUAUGGCUUUACUUUAAACCACUCUCAGCAUCGUCUUCAAUACAUUGUUAGUGCAUACAUACAAACCUAUGUGAAUCAUGUGGCCCACUUUGGAUCUGUUGGGAUUCGUGGAGCUCACACACACACAGAUAAUCCUCAUUGAUGUUUUUCAUCAGAGAUGAGUUUGGAGAAGUCUACUUUUUUUUAUAGCUUCAUGAUAAACCUCUAUCAGUUCAAAGCUCCUAAAUGAACAUAUCUAAAGCUUAAAAUGAGCCAGAAAUAUCUUUUUCAUCUUGAAGCCAUUUUAAUGACUUUCUCUCAUUUGACGUAAAGAAGCAUUUCAUCUUUUUGCACUUUCAUGCUUAUAAGAUCGAUUUUUUCACUUUGUGACAUCUUUAGUCGGACGAUAUCCACUUAAAAUAAAAGUAUGUCUGCCGUCAGAUUUCCAUAUUUCUUAACAGACAGAGAUGACACACAGCUGAGCUUGUUAGUGAUCUGAAUGGAAGUGGCAUGAUAUGUUUAUACUUACAGGAUUUUUCAGAAAUGUUUGCAAAGAUCUAUACCACUCUGAAUGUCAGGAUGAAAAACACAAGGUCAGUUAGUAAAUCUUAGCAUAGAGACUAAAAACAGCAAGAAACGCAAAACUACACCUUUACAGCCCGAAUUUAACCCUUCAUUUUCUUGAUGUACGAUAGAUAUUUACCUUCAAACACAGCCAGCCAUGCUUUCUUUCUCUGUUUUUCUGUCUUCACUGCGAGCUUCAGCUUUCCAUUAGGCAUGCAGACUUAAGCUGGUCAAUCUUCUGACCCUUCAUCAGCAAGAAAGUAAACAAGAACAUUUCAAAAGAUGACAUAAAAAAAGGUUAAACGCAGAGAGUCUGGCAUGACUCGAGUCUCUUUCCUCAGCUAACAGAGUGGCACAGACACAAGGGGGAGAACCUUCUUGGCUUCUGUAGUUUCUCCGUUUUCUACUCGUGCCUGCAGACAAAUCUUUUCAGCUAAAGUUUUGUUUCUUGGAGGAUGCUUUUGGCUGCCCUUAAGGCCAAAAAUGGAGUAAAACAUGUUUUAUGAAUUGUUUUUCACCUCCACACUGGAAACCUCAGGGCAGGGAAACUUAGCUGGUAAUCACCCUUAAGUCCUGCUUUCUUGUCACAUUCUGCAUCACAAGAAAUUCAGCUUGACUUCAGUCCAGAAUAGCAAACAGAAAACGGAUUCCCCUCCUCAUCACUUCAACUGGUUGACCUUUCACAUCCAUAAUACUCCAGUUUAAAAGUGAAAGGGAGUUUGGUCAUUCCUGCUUUUCUGUCAUUUUAAAUACAAACUAAACGAAAAUUUGUUACAAACCCUAAAACCCGUCACACAUUAAAAAAAAGAUAUAUUCAUGUGUUAAAAAAUCCUGGAAACAUUUUUAUAACAAUUUGUCAGCUGAUGUGAAAAAGAGGAAGAGAGCCUUAAAGUAAUUUUAAUAAUAUUUAAUAUAACUGUCAUUAAUUUGCUUACAAUGUCUCCAUCAUCUGGGUCUUGUUUCAGUCUUUACAGAUGCACUUUAGUCGUCUGUUACUGACUCUGUAAAAGAGGCUGGCUGCUUGAAGCGUUCUUUAUUUUUAGGCUGUUAAUCAUUUCAGCCACAGGUUGGUAAUAACUGCACUUUAUUGUUUUACUUUUGUUAUUAUCUCAAAAGGCACUCAUGAUAACACAGUAUACAAAUUCAAUCAAACAUCUCACUAGCAUGCACACACACACACACACACACACACACACACACACACACACACACACACACACACACGUUGAAUGCAGUCACACAAACGCACACAUGCUCUUUAUCACUUUGUGUUCUGUGUCCUCUAGCUUUAUCAUUUUCUAGUUUUUUAUGAAUGGAUCAAGCCUUGUAUAGUUACAUUUUGACGUUCCAUUUUGCAGCUCGAUGCUCACUGCUCGUCUUGCCUUAAUGUUUUUAUCUGCUCUUUGGUUUUAAUAAAGGGUUAUUGACACCAA